AUGGCAGGACGAAACGACGACAGUAUUGCCGCCAACUGGCGGUGCUUUGUCGCUUGUGCGAUUAUCACGCUAUCACCAUUCCAAUAUGGUGUCGAUUUUGGCCUUAUUGGUGGUCUGCAGGCGAUGCCUGGUUUCUUGAAGAUCUAUGGAUACAGAGCCCCAGAGACUCCUAUCGGGUGGAAUCUUACGCCAUUGCGCCAACAACUGAUUUCGUCCCUUAUGACACUCGGCGCGUUCAUCAGUUCUGGUGCUGCGGGUUUCGCGGCCGCGAAGCUCGGGCGCAGACACUGCUUGUGGAUCGCUAGUGGCCUCUGUUGCAUUUCGAAUAUCCUAAUGAUGGCGACCACUCACAUCGGAGCCUUAUACGCGGGACGGUUGCUUAUCGGGUUGGCCAAUGGCUACUUCAUGACCUUCUCACAGCUGUACAUCCAAGAGAGCAGCCCAGCCAAGUAUAGGGGACUCUUCCUCUCAGCAUUCCAAUUCUUCACCUCGUUUGGCACCCUUAUUGGAACCAUAAUCGACUAUGCCACCAGCAAACGACCUGAUAAAUCGGCAUAUCUUAUUCCCCUCGGCAUCAUCUAUGUCGUCCCCGCCAUUCUGACCCUUGCGAUGUUCUUCAUUCCCGAGUCCCCAAGGUGGCUGAUAUUGCAGGGACGAUACGAAGAGGGAAUUAAGUCGCUCAGAUGGCUGAGGCCGAAUGGGGCGGACGUAGACGCCGAAGCGCUUGUCAUCCGCACGGCGAUCGAGAAGGAGAUGGAGCUCAAGAGCAGUGUGGGAAUCUGGGACAUGUUUAGAAAUCCUGUCAACCGGCGACGCACAACCCUGGCAGUAUGCGCAGUCACGCUUCAGGCCGCAUCAGGCUCAAUGUUCAUCAUUGCUUACAAGGCAUACUUCUUUGCCAUGGCACAUGUUAGCAACCCUUUCGGCAUGAGUUGCAUUCUAAGUGCAACUGGCUUGAUCGCCAUCCUCAUCAACUCUACCAUCGUUGUGCGAUACGGAAGGCGCAGAGUCCUUCUCAUGAGUGGCCUUGUUGUUUGUGGGAUUCUGCAACUCAUCAUUGCGGUUGUCUAUGACAAGGAGCCGGGUACCAAGACCACCGGAAAGGUCAUUGUCGCCCUUGUCACCCUGUACAUGAUGAGCUACAAUGGUAUGAUAGCGACUUACGCCUGGCUUUCCGGCGGCGAAUUACCCACCCAACGUCUUCGCAGCCAUACCUUCGGUCUUGCUGCAGCCAUUGGCUUCCUCGGAGCGUGGUUAACCACGUUCACGGCACCUUACUUCAUCAACCCAGCCUCCUUGGACUGGGGUCCGCGAUAUGGCUAUAUCUGGUUCCCGUCUUGCGCUGUCUCCGCGCUUUGGGUCUUUUUCUUCCUGCCGGAGGUCAAAGGUCGCACGCUGGAAGAAAUAGACGAGAUGUUCGAGGCCAAGCUGCCCGCACGCAAAUUCCGAAAGUACAAGUGUGUCCAGAGUGCAGUCAUUCUGGAAGAGAAGUUGGGGAGAAAGAGCACAGAGGAGGAAGUGUGGGGCAACGAAAAGCCGAAGCGACUGUCGCAACAGCUUGAUACAGUGCAGCGGAGGGACCGGGCAGGCAUAACGGCGACCCAAUAG